GGAGGAGUCGGGGGUCCGGGUGGUCCAGCUUCCUCUAGCGUGCAGCACCCUGAGCGUCCACGCGUGUUUGUGAAUGGUGAACCUUUGGUGAGUUGUGUACAAUCUCUCACACAUCGUUACCCGCGAAGGUUCUCUCUCACGCACUCAUCUGGCAGUCGGGCAUCAUCGUGCAAUAUCGUUAUGAAGGCACCUUCACAAAAGGCAGAGAAAAACGUAGAUAAAUCACCAAAAGCUGUUAAGGAAAACAUAGAAGUCAAAACUCCGAAAUCAGCCAAGAAAAUGGGGAAAAAGACUCCAAAAGUAGCAGAUAAUGAGACACCAAAGGCAUUUAAAAUAGAUAGCCCUCAAGUACCCAAGGGAAACAAACAGGUGGAUGAAAACCAGAUGCAAAAAACAGGGAAGAAGAAUAAGAAACAAAAACAGCAGAAAAUGGAUAUUAGCCCACAAGUGGAGAAGUCUGGUAGCAAUAAAUUUGGAAAUGAGACCUCAAAUGAUCCAAAAGGUGGAGCAAAAGAGGGCAGAGGGGGUGGCAGGGGAGGCAACCGUGGAGGCUUCAGAGGAGGCAACCGUGGUGGCUUCAGAGGAGGAGACCGUGGAGGUUUCAGAGGAGGACGUGGAGGUUUCAGAGGAGGAGAACGUGGAGGUUUCAGAGGAGGGGAACGUGGAAGUUUCAGAGGAGGAGACCGUGGAAGCAUGAGAGGACGUGGAGGAAGAGGAGGACAUGUUGACAAGCCUACACAGCAAAAGGAGUUUGAUCCAUGUGGACUCUAUUUAGCAUUCCCUGAUUUUGUGGACCAUGAUGAUAUCAAAAAGGUUUUAGAGAUUGCAAGUGAUGCCACUGAUUUCAAGUUUGGAAGGAUGGUAAAUAUUCAUUUUAACACUGAGGCACAGGCUGAAGAAGUAAAACAGAAGCUAGCAGAAGCAAACUUUGUACAAAAGCCAAUAGUUAAAAAUACCUACACGCAAACAAUCUGGAAACACAAGAGGCCUGCAAAUGAUGAUUCAGAGAGUAGUUCUCCUAGCAAAAAGCAGAAAAUUCAAGUGUUACAUGAUAAAAGCAAUGAUAAUGAUGAUGACGACGACGAUGAAAAUGAUGAUGACGACAAUGAAGAUGAUGAUGACGACGAUGAUGAUGAUUCUGAUGGACAACUAGUAUUAAAUGAAGGAAACCCUGAAGAUGAUGAUGACGACGACGACGAUGAUGAUGAUGAUGAUGAUGACGAUGACGACGACGACGAUGAGGAAGACAAUUAAACUGUGUAGACAUGCCUCGAUUAGCUUUGCCUAGAAAUGCAUAUUUUUUUUAUAUAACACAUUCUCUGAGUUGUUUUAUCUAUAUUUAUAGUAAAAUAUGAAAUUGUUAUAAAAAAAUUUCAAAUGGCUACAACACACUCAAUUGGUCACCCAGUUAAUAUCCCACAUGUACACCUCCCACUUAUUAUGAAUGAGGGAGGUGGAGAGUUCACAUAAAUUUAUACCAACCAUCUUUCUCCAGUUCAUUAAUUAAUGUGUGAACGUGCAUUUUUCAUAUGCAAAGAAUGUGAGAAUACUGUAGGUAUUUAUAGAAAGUUGUGUAAUACUGUAGGUAUUUAUUGAAUGUUUCAUAAUUUUUCCAAUUAACCCAUGCCCCUUUAACAUGUCAUAGGUAAUGUUAUAAUGUUGAAAAAGUAUUUCUAUAAGAAUUGAUAUAAUGCCUGAAAGUGCCGGUUCAGUAAGAGCUCCCUUAUCCAGGAGCACCUGUUAACUGGGGGUAUGGUUUGUACAAUAACAGUUUCAAAUAUUGUUAGGAUAUUGUUUAUAUAUACAUUAUAAUACAUAAAUAUGUAUAAAAUAUGUAUAAUACAUAGAUAUGUGCCCCAAAUGUUGUUUCUCUUACCAUAGAUUAUUCAACUUAAUUUACUUGUAAAUGUAGUUUUGUUUUAACUAAAUUUAAAUUGUUCCUGACUGAAAAUAUUGCAAACAACUUUACCCAAAAUUGUGCCCCAUUUUGGCAGUAAUGAUUCGGUGGAAGCCUUUAAGAAUGGACAAAUUUGUACCACCCAAUGUACGGCAAUGAAAACUAAAUCGAGAUUGGUUAGAUUCAAUGUUUUAAAUUAUUGCACUUGUUUUUACUGGAAACAAUUAAACCAUCUCACCUUGGUUUCCUAAUUACUAGAUGUUGGUGCUAACACUUCGUAUUUUUAGAAGAAACCUGUUGAAGUGCUGCUUGUGAUCUCGGUUUGUAAACUGACAAAAAUUACACUAAAAUAAUUACCAUAACUAUUAAUGCAGAUUUCAUUAAAUUAAACUGCCAAAUGUACCCUCUAGCUGUGAUUAUUUAUUAGUAACAAAAAGGAUAGGCUUUCCCAUUCCACAUAGUACAGUUACAGGAAUUCUGUCCUGUCCACAUUUGAAUAUAAAGAAUCUUGACCAGACGAGAGAAUGCCAGUGCAGAUGUAUCUAUUUCGUUUUUUGCUAGACAAGAGCCUAUGGUCUAAUUUAAAAGGACCUAGAUUGAGCAAUGUAUCUUUCCUAAAUGGCUGUUCCAUGAAGGUUCAUAGUAACAGUAAGUAGCACAUGCCUAUACUUAUCCAAUAUGGACCAAAAUGUCACCGUUUCUCUAUUUUCUGAUGUGUGGUUUGGUUAUACCUUCGGCCACCUUACUAGGACUCAUUGUGUACAAGAAGACUCCCAUCCCUUCCCAUCUGUAAGGUUCAGGAAGCUGUUUCGGUGACUUAAAUAAUUAUUAAUAGGGAUUUUGGUUUGAUACACCUACAGCGGGACAGGUCAAUACUACGUUUCAUUUAACUAGUCAGAGUGAAGGUAACAUAUCCAUCAUGCCAUUUAGCCAAUCAUAUUGCUGGCUCAAACUGAAGAACCAAUCAGUCAUAUAAGUUUUGUAUUUGUUAAUGUUUAUUAACAAAAUAAGUUACAUCUUCACCAAAGAGUGUGUAUCUUUGUACACUGUGAACCCUGUAUAUACAUACCGGUAGUUUAUUUUAGACCUUUAUGUUUAGGAAUAAAGUAUACUCUCUAAUUGGCCAAUAAGCUCCUGUGAAGGCCUUGUGUAUAUCGUGGUUGAAAUAUUGUUGGCUGGUAGGGUGGAAUUGAGGGUCGAGUGGUGGCAUGUUUGAAAUGUGUACACAAUUUAUUGGCUACAUAUAUACUUAGUUUACAUUAGUACUGGGUUAUGUUCAGGAAUAAAGUAUAGUUUCUGGUAGGUUACAAUGGCUGCACUCCUGUUGAGAAUUGAUAUGAUUUAAGCUCAAUUCUUAACACAACCAGGUGGAAGUAUUUAUGUAGGAUUAUUUAAAUUUUAAAGGUUUUAAUGUGUUAAGAAAAGGCCAGAGGAAAUAAAUGUAAGCAAGGUUCAAUUAUUAAUAUUCCUUUUUGCAACUUUGAUAAUAAAUUUAUGCAACAGU